AUGGAUGUGCUUGUGUUGUGGGAAGACGGUUCGAGGAACGUCGUGUCUUCAAAUGAACUUAAAACCGAUAAAUAUAAGCGCUUUAAAGUGGGAAAUAAGGUUCACAUGAAAUAUAAUAGAAAAUGGUAUCAUGGAAUCAUUCUAGAUGUGGAAAAUCUAGUUGGCAGCGAUUCGGAGGACGACGUUCCGUUGAGCAAAUUAUUGAAAUCAUCUAGUGGAAAUGAACAGGCAACAAAUAGAAACGAAUUAGUACAUGCAGAACCAGGUGAAGUUACAACUUACAAUGACUUAUUCAUUUCUCAAGCAAAACCAGAGGAAAAGGCAGUUCUAGAACCGGAAGUUUUGCCGUUUAUUAAUGUCGGUGGAGAUAAUGAAAUACUUAAUGUUGACUCGGAUAAGGAAAAUAGCUUUAUUGACGACUACGCUUCUCCAUCAGAUGAUUACGAUUCUGAUGCCGAUCCUCCUUUUGGACAAUGUCAUGUCAAAACUUGUAAAGGGGAAGUUAUUGCGGCGUGCCAUAGAUGUGAUUUUCUACUAUGUUUUGACCAUUUCAAUGAGGAUGUGGAAAAUUGUAAGUACCACGGCAUAAAUACUGUGUACAAUACUGGAAAGGCUGGGCCCAAUCGUUGUAGAAAAGCUUCGGACAAAAAAGCUCUUUUACAACAUCCAGAAGGCUAUUUAGUUGAGGGCGCUUCAGAAGAGAGAACGAUUGCUAAGAAAAAAAGAAUUAAUAAAUCCAAAGAAGCUAAACUUUUGCGGAACUCAGGUCAAGAGUAUUUCAGCGUAAAGACCAAAAAGAAAAUCCCAGCCAGACAAAUAAAGGAACGUUGUGACGGGCAAAAAUGUAAAAAAAUGGGAAAACAAUGUAUUGAGAUAUCUGAUGAGAUGAGGCAGGACAUUUUUAAUGCUUUCAUGGGUUUAGGGGACCUAGCAAAGCAAAGAGAAUUUUUAGUCCGUCACGUUCAAGUUCUUCCUAAAAAGAGAUCAACUACUGUCAACAGUGACUCACGUAGAAAAAAUUCCAGAUUAUACGUUUUAACAGUAAAUAACAACCAAAUCAUGGUGUGCAAGAGAUUUUUCUUCAAUACACUGGGCAUUCCCGAGAGAACAUUCCGUACAGCAUUCUCAAAUAUUACUGCAACAGGUACAAUAGAAAAGGAAAUGAGAGGGGGCAGGCAGAGAAGUGUUGCAGUUAAAAACAAGGAAAGAGAAAAUAGAAAUGAAAUCGAGGCCCACAUCGACCGAUACCCUCGCGUGGAGUCCCAUUUCUGCAGAUCAAGCACGAGCAGGAUGUAUCUCCAUCCAGAUCUAUCAUUGAAAAAAAUUUAUAAAAUGUUUGUAGAAGAACAAGAAUCCAAAAAGAACACAAACAUUCCAAGUUUAACUACUUAUCGAAGAAUUUUCAAGGCGAAGAAUCUGUCGUUUUUAAGGCCAAAGAAAGAUCAGUGCUCACUUUGCUUAUCCUUCAAAGAGGGAGACGCUGCUAUUAAAGAAGAUUUAAAAGAUAGAUACGAGAAACACAUUUUAGAGAAACAACUAGUGAGACAGAAAAAAAGUGAAAGUAAAGAAAAGGCAAAGACUGAUUCAGAUAUCCUUUGCGCGGUUUUUGAUCUUCAACAGGUGAUUUACUUACCCAUUUCACAGGAGUCUGCAAUUUUCUAUAAGUCAAGGAUGUCAGUUUUUAAUUUCACUUUUUACAAUGUAGCCACCAGAAAAUGUUACUGCUUUGUCUGCGACGAAACAAACGGGAAACGUGGGUCGACUGAAAUUGCAACUUGUCUAUUCAGAGCAAUUGGCCAAUACGUCGGAAAAGGAGUACAUACCAUAGAACUCUUCUGUGAUGGGUGCUACGGCCAGAAUAAAAAUUCGGUUGUAGCAUCCAUGUUGCUGUAUUCGUUGGCAAAAUACAACACUAUUAAAAAUAUUAGUUUGAAAUUUUUUGAAACCAAUCACGGACAAAACGAAGGUGAUAGCGCCCACAGUGCUAUUGGUUACGCGCUGGCACAUUCUGGUGACCUCUUUGUACCGUCACAACUAUACCCACUCAUUCGAGGUGCAAGAACACAACCUAAGCCGUACACUGUUAUUCCAAUGAGUUUUGGAGAUUUUCUUGAUUUCAAAACAUUUUCGAAAAAUCUAAGACUAUUAUCUGUAAGACAAAGCGAGAAAAACAGAUCUGUGAAAUGGACCGAGAUUAUGGAUCUUAGUGUCAAUAAAGAAGAACCGAUGAGCAUUUUCUUUAAAUAUAGCCACGCUGAAGAAAGUUAUGAUAAAAUUGUGCUUAAACAACGUGGUGGAAUAAGCCAUCUAAUUAUUGAUAAUUUGAAUAAAGAACAAAUUAAAAUUUCCAGAAAGAAAUAUGAAGAUUUAACUGCUCUUUGUAAACCAUCUGGCAGAAACAGAACAGCGGUAAUACGCACACCCGAACUUCAAAACUUCUUUUACUCUUUGCCGCACGAAGAAGACGAAAAAUAA